AUGGGAUUUCUUGGCCACAUUGUUUCUGCAGAGGGAGUUUCUGUGGAUCCGGCUAAGAUUGAGGCUAUCAGAGAUUGGCCUAGACCUAGUAGUGCCACCGAGAUCAGGAGUUUUCUGGGUUUGGCAGGAUACUACAGGAGGUUCGUCAAGGGGUUUGCUACCAUGGCGCAGCCGAUGACGAAGUUGACCGGGAAGGAUGUCCCUUUUAUUUGGUCAGCUGAGUGUGAGGAGAGCUUUAGUCAGCUCAAGGAGAUGUUGACUACUACACCAGUGUUGGCGUUACCCGAGCCAGGGAAGCCUUACAUGGUGUAUACAGAUGCUUCAGGCAUUGGUCUUGGUUGUGUGCUGAUGCAGGAGGGCAGAGUGAUAGCAUAUGCUUCGAGACAGUGGCAGGGCAGUGAGCGUAACCGUCCUACACAUGACUUAGAGUUGGGAGCAGUGAUCUUCGCGUUGAAGAUUUGGAGGUCUUACUUGCUAGACGCGCUGGUUGAGUUCUUGGCGGAUUAUCAGGUGAGCAUUAACUACCAUCCGGGCAAGGCUAACCUAGUGGCGGACGCGUUGAGUAGACGGAGGUAUGAUUCCGCAGUUGAGCGAGAUGUGGAGUCUCUAGUUGGCGAGAUCAGUACCUUGCGUUUGUGUGCCAUUUCGCAUGAGCCUUUGGGUUUAGAGGCAGUGGAUCAGGCGGAUCUACUUAGCAGGAUCAGAGUUGCUCAGCAGAGUGAUCAGAGUUUGCUAGAUGCGACGAGAGUGACUGGUUCUGAGUAUGAGGUCUCUGCGAAUGGGACUAUCUUGGUUCGUGGGCGAGUUUGUGUGCCUAAGGAUGUGGAGUUGAGACAUCAGAUUUUGGGAGAGGCUCACGCGAGCAAGUUUUCCAUUCAUCCGGGAGCGACCAAGAUGUACCAUGACCUCAAGAGAGCAUCAGGUUCCGGGUGGUCUUUUGCAGAGUUUACCCAUUCCGAGUGGAAGUGGGAUAGGAUUACGAUGGAUUUCGUGGUUGGACUACCUGUUUCAAGGACUUUCGAUGCUAUCUGGGUGAUUGUGGAUCGGUUGACUAAGUCUGCACAUUUCUUGGCCAUCAAGAAGACAGAUGGAGCUGCUGUCUUGGCUAGGAAGUUUGUGCGAGAGAUUGUGAGGCUGCAUGGAGUGCCAGCUAGUAUUGUGUCAGACCGUGAUCCCAGAUUCACUUCAGAGUUUUGGAGGGCGUUUCAGGCAGAGAUGGGCACUAAGGUGCAUCUGAGUACAGCUUAUCAUCCGCAGACAGAUGGUCAGUCAGAGAGGACUAUUCAGACUUUGGAGGAUUUGCUGAGGAUGUGUGUGUUGGAUUGGGGUGGCCAUUGGGCAGAUCACCUAAGCUUAGUUGAGUUUGCAUACAACAACAGCUUUCAGGCGAGUAUUGGCAUGGCUCCAUUCGAGGCUUUGUAUGGGAGGCCAUGUAGGACACCCCUAUGCUGGACCCAAGUGGGGGAGCGCAGCAUGUAUGGAGCUACUUAUGUUCAGGAGACGACAGAGAAGGUUCGUGUUGUGAGGCUGAACAUGAAGGAGGCUCAGGAUAGGCAGAAGAGUUAUGCAGAUAGACGCAGACGAGAGCUUGAGUUUCAGGUUGGAGAUAGAGUUUAUCUCAAGAUGGCUAUGUUGAGGGGUCCUAACAGAUCCAUAGCAGAGAACAAGCUGAGUCCGCGAUUUAUGGGUCCGUUUCCAGUAGUGGAGCGAGUUGGGCCAUUAGCUUACAGGCUGGAGUUGCCUGAGAUUAUGAAAGCCUUUCACAAGGUUUUUCAUGUGUCGAUGCUGAGGAAGUGUCUUCAUCCUACAGAGGAGUUAGUGGCUAGGAUUCCAGAGGAUCUUCAGCCAGAUUUGACCGUGCCGGCAGUGCCUAUGAGGAUUUUAGAGAGGAGGGAAAAGGUUCUGAGGAACAAGAGGAUUCCCUUACUUAGGAUUUUGUGGGAUUGCAGUGGUUCUACAGAGGAGACUUGGGAGCCAGAGGCAAAGAUGAAGUUGAAGUUCAGGAAGUGGUUCGACAAGCAGGUCGAGGAGUGA